AUGCGAGGAGCGACCAUCCUCAAGGCAUCCGACGACAAGACGAGGCAGCUGAACAAGCACACGCUGAUUGCGUUCUCAGGAGAGGCGGGAGAUACAAUCCAGUUCACCGACUACAUCCAAGCCAACGCCCAGCUCUACUCGAUGCGCAACGAGACGGACCUGUCGCCGUCGGCGCUCGCGCACUUUGUCCGCGGCGAGCUGGCCUCGAGUCUGCGAUCGCGGAAGCCGUACAACGUCAACCUGCUGCUGGGCGGCGUCGACCCCAUCACCCACAAGCCCAGCCUGUACUGGCUGGACUACCUCGCAUCCCUGGCGCCUCUCCCCUACGCCGCACAUGGCUACGCACAAUACUACUGCCUCUCCAUCCUCGACAAGCACCACCACCCCGACAUCACUCUCGGCCAGGGCAUCAAGAUCCUCAACAUGUGCACGGAUGAGCUGAAGAGGAGGUUACCGAUUGACUUCAAGGGCAUGCUGGUCAAGGCGGUGACCAAGGACGGCGUCGUCGAGAUAGAGUUUGACGAUGACAAGGUCGUCAAGGCCGCUUAA